GAGCCAGUCAUUGGUUGACGUUCGCAGCGGUAGCAAGUGAUUUUAACCUAGAAAACUGCUCAUUUUUUGUGAAACUUUCGAAGAUAUCCUCAUUUCUGCUCAUCUGAUCAAUGGCAAUGUUCGCGCACCAUGCAACUAUCGAGGAUAACGAGCUGGAUUCCAUGCAGAGAAUCUGGCAGGGGGGCCGACGUAAAGAGUCCGCAUCCACGGCCUUUUUCCAGGGGAGCGACGCCGAGGAUCUGCUGGCCCCGUCCAGCGAGGCGCUUUGGCCCAUUGCAUGCACGCCGCAUCCCCAUGACAGGCCCAGCAGCGAUGGCGAAAGCGACAGCGAGCUCCAGGACUACUAUGAGCCGAGUUUCUUCGGCAAACCGUGUCUGGAGCUGGACGGGGCGGCGCUGAACGACCUGCCCGCCCACUACACCAUCUGCUCCCUGCAGGCCCACCAAUUCCCGGUGUGCGGCGUUUACAUCGACAAGCGCAUCGUCCCUGGCUUUAAGUACAAGGUGCGCCCACUCCCCCCGGUGGGGGAGCGCUCCACCCUAAACAAGUGCCUGUUCAAGGGCAAGGCCCUGCGGCUGCAGACCAUCGGGCGAGGCUUUGCGCGCCGCAUCACCUUCGAGUCUGAUGAUGGCCGGCUGAAUUGCAACGACAACUACUUCUACAGCGACAACAGGCCGGAAGGCUACGCGUUUGAGCUCGAGCUGCUGUCGCCCGGCGACAAAUUCACCAUCUUCGACAUGAACCAUCAGGCGCAGGGCACGGUGGAGGUGCUCAACAUCGAGGGCCCAGAAUUAGAAAUUGCCAGCGCGUUAAGCGAACUGGGCAUUGAAAAACGCGCAAAUGUUAAAUUUACAGGCAAAGUGGAAUUUUAUGAUACGGGGGUGGCGAAGCCCGUGCUGCUCAGCGGACUGGUGGUGGCAGUGAAGGCCAAAGGCCAGCCAGCCGCCAUCGUUUCCAAGGUCUGUAACGUGCACAUCAAGCGCCAAAAGCUCUACUUGAUACCGGGCAUUAAAAAUGACCAUCGGCGCGUCACGGUGCGCGGCCUUGACAUCAACGAUGUCCCCACCAAGUACACCAUGACUGGGCUGCAGCCUUACGAGCUGCCAGUGGUUGGCACCUACGUGGACCCGCGCGUCAUUCCCGGAUUCAGCUACCGGGUGCGACCCAACCACAAGACUUACCAUCUGUUUGGCGGCAGAGCCUUAAGGCUGUUGAGCAUCGGGAUGGGUUACGCCAAGCGGCUGACCUUUGAGCCCGACACUUACAACAACCCGCAGAACUUCAUGUGGUCGGACAACCACCCGGACGGCCUUGGUCUGGAGCCCAGGGCCGUGGCCAAGGGCAUGAAGUUCAUGGUCAAGGCUGGCGGCCACGUGAUCGGCGAGGCCACAGUGUUCCGCGACGACAAUCCCCAGUUUGAGGAAAAGUCCGAAAAGAUUAAGACCAAGACUGGACAGUGGGCCAUCGAGAAGCACAUUCAUGUGGACGUGAUCUGUCACGUGCAGCUGUCCAGGCCAGGGGGCGCGUCCAGUGAACGGGACUCGUACAUGAUGCGCAUCUCUGGAGUGGCGUUGGCGCGGCUAGCGCCCGGCGCCCGCCGCGCCCACAUCGUCGACAUCCACAGCAUCGGCCUGGACUCCGAACUGUACGUUCUCUUCACGCAAACCUGCACCGAAAUCACCUUCCUGCCCAAGGGGCCGUGAGGCCCCCUCGAUUGGCCCAUUUGUCGGCAAAGCGGGACAAGGGACGCAGCAAACUACCACUUUUCAAAAGCAAUUUUUUAAUUUUCAAUUGAGGCUGUCAUAGGACGGGGGCGCUGCUGAAACACACAAUAAAGUCCAGAAAAACUAAA